AUGGCUGACGAGAGACGAGGCGAGGAGGGCGGCAAGAGACUGCGUGCCACUCUACGGGCGGCUGUGGGAAAGGCUGGACAGGACUGGACUGGACUGGACAGCAGAUCUGCCGGUGACGUCCACCAUGUACGGUACAUGAAGGAAGUGCCGAUCAAGGGCUGCUCAGCGAGUUGGUGGUGUAGUGUUGAAGAAGAAGCAAAGAAAGGCAGGUUCGUGGUCUCAGCUUACUCAGCCCAGGAAGUCAACUGUGACUGGAUUCGGCCUGCGUUGCGAGUAAGAUUUGCAGAUACAGCAGCGGCCCCUCGUGUGCCCCUGCAGGAACAAACCCCCUUGUGCCUCGACACUGCACACGUGGUGUUCGUUCGGGAGGCUGGCCGGCCCAGAAGCAGUGUCCUUUUGGCUCUUGUUGCUAGUGGUCUGACUGCUACUGCUCUUACAGUGAUCACCAAAAAGCCUGGGAACCCCGCAUCCAAGGUGCACCACAUACAAGACAUGCACUUGGUGCUCGAACAAAGGAGAAUGCAUCGGGCGACGCCACCGCCUAUUCAAGCCAUCAGAUCAGCCAACCAACCAGAGCAAGAUCGUGGGCAAAAGGAGCGAUGA